UGCCAUUCAGGAAAAAUAUAGCGAAAUGUCAUUCUUGUCGAUGUAAUGAAGUUCGCCUAUUAAUAAUCUGCGAGUUCGCCGAUAGCUGACGAAAUGCUGACGAACGAGUUAACUUUUAAUUAGAGUAAAGUAAAAUAAAACUAAAUAGAUUACGUAGACCAAACUAAAAAUAAAUAUUGUCGCGUGGAUAUUUCGUGUAAAAUGUCUCCUCCUAUUUUAAAAUAUUUGAGUAUUUUGCUAUUGUUUGCUUCGUGCAAUGGUAAAUCACUACUAUCAAUUGAGAAAAUUUAUUUAAAAGGUGUGCAAGCGUAUACUGGCGAGAGAUGGAGUGAGUGCAUAUCGAAGUUUGAAGAAUCUUUACAUUUGUAUAAACUUUACAAUUCUAUCUUUAUAAACUGUGGAGUAAAAUGCAAAACUCAAGCAAAACACUCACAAAUUGAAGCAAACUAUAAUGAAUUACAAGUUUUCGAAUCAUAUUUAAAUGAAAGAUAUUGUUUAAUAAACUGCAGAGAUAAAGAACUUGAAGCAGUUCGCAUUAACAGUAAUGUAAAGGAUACAAUAUUACAAGAUUUUGAAUCACGAAAGCCUUACGGAUACUUACACGUGUGUUACUUCCAAAUGAAUGCACUGCAGAAAGCAGCAUCAGCCUCCUAUACAUAUUUCCAAGCUCAUAAGACGGAUGAUGUGAUGAAGAAUAAUGUCAAAUUUUACAUUGGACUGCCCGAAGUGAGCCUGAAUGAAAUGGUUGACUUGGAAAGUGAAGAUUUUGAGGUCUUGCACAAAGUUGGGUUGGAGUCUUAUGAACAGAAAAAAUGGGGGGAAACAAUUAUGGCCAUGGAGGAAGUCAUAGCAGAUUAUUUGGCCUGGGAAAUGGGUUGCCGUGUGGCCUGUGAGCACCUACCGGAGCAAGAGUGGUCUCCAGAAUUUGUCAUCUCUGUGUCAAACAAUAUGCUAUCCCUGUUGCAAUGCAGACAGCAAUGUCAAAACAAACUCUCAAUACUGGGUUUUAAAUCUGGUAUUGAAUUCCUAGCCGAUACCUUGAAUUAUUUGCAAAUAUCUUAUUAUCAUUCUGAUAAAUUUGAAGAAGCAGCAAUGGCUGUAGCUAGUUAUUUAACCUUAAUGCCUAAGGAUGAAGAUAUGCUUCAUAACAGGGCACUUUAUGGUUCCUUUAUUGAUAAAAAUGCAUUCAAUGCAAGGCCUGAUAUUGUGUAUUAUUUAAAAAAUGAUUUUUAUGAAAAGGAAAUUUUGUCCCACUUUCAUCAAACAAAUACUAUUGAUACCAAUGCACAUUCUGAAGAGUUCUAGUCUUAUAAUAAUGUGAACAUACAUUUUAUAACAUUAAAAUCAAUAUUUAAAUGUGUCAAUGAGGUUAAAAAAAUACUAACUACAGAAAAUAAUAAUCAUCAUUUUAUAUCCAUUUUAAUUUUGCUGGCUAUGUCUUAUUUUUCCAGUAUAGAUUAGACUUAUCAGACCCAGUGCCAUAUUAAGUAGGUCAUUAUACUUUUAUAUAUGUAGGUUUAUAUAAGUAACUGUUGUUCCUACUUAUACUGAUAAUAAAUGUAGUUAGGUACUAUUAUUAAUAGGUAUUAUGAUCUACAUACUGUUGGUCAAAUUAUGAGAUAACAGUUUUUAUUUAAUUUACAUAUCUAAUCAUAAGUCAUUUCAAUGUGCCUUAACAUAAGUGUAAUACAUAUUAUGAAUGUUGACUAAAGUAGGCAUUAAUUUUAUAAUACACUUUAAGUUUACAUUUUUAUACUUGCUUUGUAUACAUGAUGAAUUUUAAUAUUAGUAAUAAUAAUUACAGUGCCAUAAACUAAAUGUUAGUAUGUACCUACAGUGCCAUUUUUGUAAUA